GUCAUUGCUGACAUUAUUGACAAUAUCCUUAAGUUCUAAAUAAUUAUUGUUGACUAUAUAAAAUAGGAUCAUAUAUAAAAUGGAGUGUCUAAUAGCAAAUGUUGAUCAUAUUAAAUUUGAUAUAGAAGUAGCAUUAGAAGAACAGUAUGGAGCUCUUCCAUUACCAUUUAACGGCAUGGACAAAUCUACAGCGGCGGUUUGCUUAUUUUUCACUGCACCUAAUGGCUGCUCUAAAGGUCCUCAAUGUCCCUUUAGACACGUUAGAGGUGACAGGACAAUUGUUUGUAAACAUUGGUUAAGAGGACUGUGUAAAAAAGGAGAUCAGUGCGAAUUCUUACACGAAUAUGAUAUGACAAAGAUGCCAGAGUGUUAUUUUUAUUCGAGAUUCAAUGCAUGUCAUAAUAAAGAAUGCCCCUUCCUACACAUUGAUCCCGAAAGUAAAAUAAAAGAUUGUCCUUGGUACGACCGUGGUUUCUGUAGACAUGGUCCACAUUGUAGACAUAGACAUGUGAGGAGAGUAUUGUGUACUAAUUAUUUAGCCGGAUUUUGCCCGGAUGGACCUAAAUGUAAAUAUAUGCAUCCAAGAUUUGAGCUUCCAGCACCUCCAGACCAACUGAAAGAACAAAAGAAAACACCUGUUAUUAUUUGUCAUUUUUGUGGGGAACACGGUCACAAAGCUAUUCACUGUAACAAAAUGGUCGAUCCUACUAAAGUACAAUUUAUUCAAACUGAUGAUAAAGACAAAGGACCUGAAGUUAAUCCAGAAAUUGCUGCUCAAAAUUCAUAUUUACAGAAGAUGCUACCGAAAAGACUGGAAGAUGUUACUUGUUACAAAUGUGGUACUAAAGGACAUUAUGCUAAUAGAUGUCCGAAGGGACAUUUAGCUUUUUUGUCACAGUCCAAAACUGGUAAUAAUCAAGAAAAUUGUGAUUUAUAAGUGAAGUUUUAUUUAGGAAUAAUUAUUUUAAUAAAUAUUUAGCAGAAUUUUCAGUCAUCUUGCACUUAUUACCUAAGAAAUAUCAUAUUCAUGACUGCAUCCUAUUAAUUUUUCUCAAAAGUAAGUGGACUCCUUCAAAAUGUGGCUUCUUUUCUUGUUAUUUUGUGUAUCUAAGCUUGCAGUUUUGCCAUACCCAUUGUCUUAAGGUGGUAUUUGAUGAGAUCAGAAAACUGACCACCAGCUUCAUCUCAUUUCUCGACAUCUAGUAAAGACUUUUCCAUUCUCUUGGACCUCCUCCAGUAAGACUCUAUAUCAUCAUUUAGGCUUCCUUUCAUUUCUUUGUUGAUGUGAGAUGUAAUGAGGCCACAGUAGAACUGUUGUCCAAAAUAUAGAGUCGUUGUCCCUUUAUUUGGCAAAACUUACAUCUUUAUGAAGAUAAUGGGGCAAGCCGUGAUCAUUAACAAGUGUUGAGAUUUUUAAAGCUUUAUUGUCAUAGUUAUUACUAAGGAAGGAUUGAAAUGAUCAAAAAUUUGAAAUAUACUCAUGUUUUAUUAUUUUUACUCUUUUACAUAUAGUACAGUACACCUAUGGCGUUAAUAUAACAAAAAUAAUUCGGAUAUGAUAACACAUUUAUGCUGAAAUAGAUUUUAUUAUUAAAAUAAUAUUUUUGCUACUAUACACAUUUUGCACUGGAUAAUCACCAAUGAUAUUUUCCCUUAAAUCUAUUUAGAUAAUUAGAAUUAUGCUUGAUAGGAUUUACCAGCAACGUAGAUAUACUUUUAGUCAAAGCAUCGUUGCUGUAGAUCCAAAGUAAAUAUUAAAAAAAAAAGAACAAUACACAACAAAUAUGUUUUAAUUGUUCAAUCACAAUCGAUAUUUGUAAUGUAAAACUGGUAUAUCUUGCCCGCAAGAUUCAUUGUUUUAAUAACCAAUAAAACGACAAUUCUACAGAGUAUUUCGAAAUAUUUUUUUUAUAGACGUUUCACACAGAUUGUCCAAGGUCGAAUCAUUUUUGUAAUUAAAAUUCAGAGCCCUAGAUGGAUCUGCCAGCAUAACUUUAUAUAAAGUUUUGACACAUAAAUUGAUAAUUUAAUGUUGGUAUUUGCGAAAAUUACGAAGUGGGCGACAUCUGUUAAUUUUCUUUCAAACUUUAAUAGAAGUGAACAAUAAAACCAGAAUACGAACUAAUUUUGUUGUUUUAUAAACAUUACAAAGUGUUAUUUGAAAUUUUAGUUUAAAUAGUGAAAUAAUAUACCUGUUUAAAGUGUUUUUCUUAUAUAAAAAGACCACACAUCCAUAAGGUGUACUUCGAAAACAAUAAAAAAGUGGUAAAAAUUGUAAAAAGUAGUAGUUGUUAAAAUCCUAUUCUUGUGCCCAUUUUUGGUAGGUUCGUGUAGAUAUUCAAGUCUCUUCCUCCUGUAUUUAUAUGAAUAAGUGCAUUUCAAAUAUUUAACAACAUAGUUAAGAUUAAUUGGGCUGGGAAGCUAGACCUGACGUCUGUUGACACAAACUUUUAAUAUUUUUUGAAUUUGUUUUUCUCCUAACAAGAUUACAACUAAUAAAUUUCCAACUUUAUUUAUUUUGAAAUUGUGCCAUUUUGAGAAAUUCUAUAAACAAUAAAAGUAAUAAAUUUAUAAACAAAAAUUCACGAGUGGUGUUUCUUUCCUUCAGCAAUGAGAAAAAAAUCCUCAUUUGAGGUUAUGGUUAUAAAAGUAUAAUGAUCAAUCUAACAAAUUGUAUAAAUCAGCUGAUGCCCAUUUAAAAAUGAUCUUUCUUCUUUAAAAUGAGAAAAAUAUUGUCUAUUUAUAGUAUAAAUGUGUGAAACUUGAAAAGAAAAAACUCCAUUCAAUUUAAAAUUGACGAUAUUUAAAGACGUUUUUAGAAACUAUAUUUCGAUCACACUCUGUAGAAUCGGUUUAAAACCAAAUUCAGUUUUCCUGGUAAAUAAGUUGUUCACGAUAUGAUUAAAUAUUCAUUGUAUAUAAAGUUGUGCUCCAUAAAAACAUAAUGCAUUCUCACAGAAAUGUCUACUUUAAAAUCUAUACGGUUAUAAUUGUUCUAACGUAUUUAGAAUUUCGAAAAUUAGAUAAUGACAAUUCCUUAAUUACAAAGUGAAAUAUAAUAAAUCCAUUUUUUUAUGAUUGUUUGAAGUAGAAAACUUUCUUACCGAUAUGCAUGUCAACCAGUGUAAAUUGGUUGCAUAAACUAACUGAGUCUACAAGUGGGUCCCUCUAUUUAGGUAUUUGUUGUACUUCUCAAGACAAAUUGCAUUUUACUUUAAACAUAAUGACGUCGUGGCAUGAAAUGUUUGGAAGGGAAUUAUUUUAUUUUUCUGUUUUAGAAUAUAGAAACAGUUUUGGAAGUAAAAUAAAUUCUAUUGAUUAUAGAUCAAAUAAAUUGAAGUCCAUUUAUAAGAAAUUGCUUAAUGUAGACUUUAGACCGUCCAGCAGCCAAGUCUUUUUUUUUCUAAAUACGUUAAGAGUUUUCUUUAAAAACAUAUUUUUGACACUAAAUCUAACACCUUCUAUAUUAAGUUUACACAAAUCCAGUUGAAAAUCUGAAAAAGCGUGGAAACUAUUUCAUGUUCAGUUUAAACAAUAAAAAUUUUCCAAAUUAGCAGUCAAGCUUUUAUGAAAAAUUAUUUUAAAGUAAAUAUAAUAGAUAGCAUUAAAUGAUUAUUUUAUAUAUAUAUCUGUUAUAUAAUGAAUAUUUCAAAUAAGUUACGUCAAUUCUUAUGAAAGCACACAAAAAUUGAACAUGUGUUGUACAAAAUUACAAAUAUUCGAAUUUUCAUUUCAAUAUAUACGGAGUGUCCCACGACACUUUGGCAGUACCAUAUUUAAAUGUAUUAAUGCCAAUAUCCUUAAGCAAAAUUGAAUUUUUGAUAUAUUUUGAAGAUAUGAAGGCGAAUCUUUGAUUGUGGAAUCAUUUUUGGUAAUAAAACAUUGGAAAAUUAUGAGUUUUAAUUAUUUUGUUUUCACAAAUUUUUGUAGGUUAGGUUAGAUUAGUUUUUUUACGUCUUAGACCUUUUUAUAUGUUUUUCGUGAUGAUUUUAGUUGUAUUUUCAUAUAAAACAAUUUUUACAACACAAAACCCAACCUAAAAAUAUUAAUUUUUCGAUUUUUUAUGAGCAAAAAUAGGGUCAACGCCACUUCUAAUCAAAGUUAGGUUAGGUUUUUUCCAAAUUUAUCGAUAUUAACUUGUAUACAAGAAGUCGCAGGACUUUAGAUGUAAAAAAGUGUGUGAAAAGUAAGAAACUUAUUAGUUUCCAGUAAUUAUUACUGCCAAAUGUACCGUGAAAACGUCGCUGUACAUAUACAAUAGUAUUUUUAAUACCUAUGUAACAACCCGGCUCGUUUUAAUAAAAAAUUCAAGCUGUUUACACUACUUGCAGCAGUGUACUUUUCUUAUUCCCCCCGUAACAAAGUUGUUUAUUCACCUAUUUUAUAGACGUUCCACACAGAUGGCUCAAGGUCGAAUCAUUUUUAUAAUUAAAGUUUACAGCCCUAGAUGGAUCUGUCAGUAUAACAAUAUGUGAAGUUGGCGAACUUGACACAAAACUGGAUAAUUUAAUGUUGGUAUACAUUGCACAGUUGAUGAUUUAUUAUUAUUUUGUUGUGUUCGUGGUUUUGUGUCCUUUUGAUUAUGUACAAUGUUAGUUGUUAAUUUUGUGAAAUUAUUUUCAAUAAAUGUUGUGUAUAACAUUAAGAAUCUAUUAAUGUAAUGUAUUUAUUUCCAAAAAGGACUUAAAACGUUUUAAUAGAUGGCUACCGGCUAUAAACAGUACUAAAUUAACUGCAAGAGAUUUGUUAGGAAAUUCAAGUGAUUUAUUUAUUAUUUUAUUAAAAUUUGGUUUAAUUACUUAAUUAAUUAUGUAAGUAUUCAAUAUUAUAUUUUCAUCUUAUUAAUAAAUAAAAACUCGUUUGAUUUCGAUUAUUAUUAUAAUAAUUAUAAAAUUGUCUAUCUAAAUCUAAUGUGGGUUAUCUCUUAGAAAGAAGGAGCCACGCAUUUAAUAUUGUGAUGAUAGGAAUUGAAUGAGUAAAAGUAUGAGAAGUUGGAGCGGAAUCGCGAUAUAAAAUUGAAUUGAGAUUUAUUGUUAAGUGGAAUUUUAGUUUUUAAUGUUUUUUUUUUUGUUUUAUUUGAUACGAUAAGGUUAUUUUAAUAAUAUAGAUAUUGAAAAUACUAUAAUAUUUAGUUUGAGUGCUUCAACUAAUCACGAACGUAACCAAUUUAUACAGAUUGUCACUAGCUAAUUAUAUGUAUCAUGUUAUAAUAAUACUAUACUAACAUUUAUAGACAUCAAUCGUCCAUAUAUUUUAUAGAUUUAUUUAUAUAAAGUGGAUUGUCAUGUUUCAAUGUUAGGCCAUUGAUUACAGUAUUUUUUUUAUUUUUAUAAGUUUUGAGACAGACAUUCAACUUUUGACAUAAUAUAUUUUUUAAUAUCCAAUUUUUUCACCGAAAACGAGGCUUUUUGAAAUCGAACGGAGAAGAUAAAAAAAAUUUUUACAUCCAAUCCGUUUACUCUACAAUCAUUACCAUUUUCUUCUUUCUGUUCUAUGUCUAAACUCCCAUCGAACAAAUUUUUAUUCAAGAUAACUCUUUAAAUAUCGAUAACUCGUCCAUUGAAAUAGACAAUGGAGCAGGUCCUGUUUCAUUAUGUUAAUCGUUUACUUGAAGAAUAUUUAUUUUGUGGGUUUACAAUUUUUUUGAGAUGAGUGAUGACGUUAUAUAAAACGAGUUAAGAUAGCGAAAAGUGAACUGUACAGUGUAAAAUUUAAAAAUUUGGCCAACUUUAUUAAGAACCAGCUAUCUUUGUUUCACUGUGAGAUGAUUGGUAAGAUAAGACGAGGUCGAAGAGAUUUAGAAUGAUUUCUAGGAAAUCGAAGAUUCUAGAAAGUGAUACGAUUAUAUAAAACUAUAUAAGAUGAGGGACAAAAGAUAUAGAAUUAUGGAAGGAGUGAGAUACAAGAAAUUAGAAGGAAAACUCGUGCUAAUUUGAACUGACAUAGAUCGUUGUGCCCGUCCGUUGUCCCAAAUUUGGUGAUUUGGUUAUUCGGAACGACUGUCUAUUUACAGUUUGAUGCGGUCCGUUUUUUUUUUGUUAGUUUACGACAAAUUACAGAUUUCCAGGAAAUCGAACAUUCUGGAAAGCGAUG